AUGGCACUGAGAGUAGCCAUACUCCGCCAUGUUCGCUUGCCACUCCAAGCUACUCCUAAAUUGCAACCAUGGAAUGGUUCCUUUCGCUCGAUGUCUUCACACGACGAUCCUAUCGCGAAAGAAGAACUCGUCGAUCCGGUACUCUCUGUCGUCGAAGAUUUUCCCAAAGUCGAUCCUUCCAAGGUGACUCCAGAAGUGCUUUUUCAGAAGGAUUUGGGUUUGGACAGCUUAGAGACACUACAAGAAGAGUUCAAGCUUGAAAUCCCAGACAAGGAAGCUGAAAAAAUCGACACUUGUCAGCUUAUUAUUGAGAACAUUAGUAACGAUAAAUUUCUUUUUGAAGUGUUGUAA